AUGGAAAGUGGUGAUAUUAAUGAUGAACAAAUCACAGCAUCAAGCGAAGUUGAUAACAAGCAUCGGGCGGCAAAUGGAAGAUUAAAUUUGAAAAACCGGAAUGGAAGAAACGGGGCGUGGUCAUCGAAGGGUAAAGAUCUUAAUCAGUGGCUUCAGGUUGAUUUCCGAAGAUCUACUCUGGUGACUGAGAUCAGCACCCAAGGACGGGACGAGAAAAAUCAAUUUGUAAAGGAUUACACAAUCUCUUUCAGCAAAGAUGGAAUACAUUUCCAGAGUUUUCCGCAGAAAUUCCAAGGUAACAACGACCACUUUUCCGUUGUCCAUAACACGGUGAUUCCUCAUAUUUCUGCUCGGUUUAUUCGCAUUCAUCCAACGGCCUGGAAAGGACAUAUCUCGAUGAGAGUCGAAUUUUAUGGUUGUUCUUUGGUGUAA